UCUCUGUCUCUCUCCCUCUCAGAGCAUUUGGUGGUUGCCGUGCCGGUCGCGUUGGUUGCAGCUGUCGGAGGUUUCCUAGUCAGCCACUACUUGAGCAAGCGCAGCUGUAAAAAGGGCAUGGUGAACACGUGCAUCAGUAAAGACAGUCCCAAAGUGGUCCACAGCUUCGACAUGGAGGACAUCGGCACCAAGGCCGUGUACUGCCGCUGCUGGAAGUCGAAGAAGUUCCCGUACUGCGACGGGGCCCACGCCAAACACAACGAGGAGACCGGAGACAACGUCGGACCGCUCAUCAUCAAAAAGAAGGAUGCUUAAACCUCCCACCCCAUCGCUUUCACUUGGUCUAAUCUCUCAUCAUCACCACCAUCAUCAUCACUGCGGUGCCGGUUAAAGUGCGAUACUGUCACAAAUUAACCAAAAAAAAAAAAAAAA